GUUGCGGGAAGCGUGUGACUCCGGUGGGGGCGGUGCUUCAGUUUUUGAUAGAAAUACAGAUUUUUCUGCUAAAGUCAGCAGCAUCGUGAGGUUUGAACUAAACUCUGUCAUAAUCUGCCCAAACAAAAUGAGCCAAUCUGACGCGAAAACGAUCACUAUCGUCGGCAGCGGGCUGAUCGGCCGCUCCUGGGCGAUGGUGUUUGUCAGCGGAGGUUACGCUGUGAAGAUCUACGACAACCAGCCGGGACAGGCUGCUAAAGCCGUCGCAGAGAUCAGGAAGCAGCUGAGUGAGUUGGAGGAAGCUCACAUGAUCAGAGGAGAGCUGACGUCCACUCAGCAGCUCGCUCUGCUCAGCAGCUACGACGACCUGGAGCAGGCACUAGAGGGCGCCUUCUUUGUCCAGGAGUGUGUGUUUGAGCAGCUCGAUGUAAAGCAGGGCGUCUUCCAGGACGUAGAACGACUUGUGGGAGACGACGUCAUCCUGAGCAGCUCCACCUCCUACCUCAUGCCCAGCAGCGUCUUCUCCAAAGUCCACAACAAGAGUCGCUGCCUCAUCUCCCAUCCGGUAAACCCACCCUACUAUGUUAAACUGGUGGAGCUGGUACCUCACCCAGAGACAGCAGUGGGUGUGAUGAGCGCCACCCAUGCUGUGAUGACCAAGGUCGGUCAAGCACCCGUCUGUUUGAAGAAAGAGAUCGAUGGUUUUGCCCUCAACAGAGUCCAGGCAGCCGUUAUCGCAGAGUCCUGGAGGCUGGUCCAGGACGGUGUCGUCUCAGUCAAGGACAUCGACCUGGUGAUGUCAGAGGGGUUAGGAAUGCGCUACGCCUUCAUCGGUCCCAUGGAAACGAUGCACCUCAAUGCACCUGAAGGUUUAGAGGAUUAUAUGAAGCGCUACAGCGGCGGCUUAUCCAGGGUUCUGACCUCGUUUGGACCGGUACCAGACUUCUGCGGCGAGGAGGCCAAGAAAAUCUGUAACGAAAUGAGUGAGCUGAUUCCCAGUGACCAGAGGCAUCUGACGGCCAGGAAGGAGAGGAGAGACCAGCUGCUCAUGGGUCUGUCUAAACUGAAGAAGGACCAUGAAGACGCUUCCUAAACACUUUAACAUCACGACCCACUUUUUAUAGAAGUCACAACAAGAGGGAAUUUAUGCUCAAAACAGCGGAUAUUAUUUUUCAUUAGUAAACUGAGGAUUUUAAAGGGAUUCAUUCAGUAAAAUCAAAUCAAAUGUACUUUUUUGUCUCUAGUUCUACAGAAGAAUCAUAGAAUAUAAAUAACAGAAUGAAGAAAUAAUGAUAAUUAUAUGAUUGUAUCCUAAAAAUGAGAACACCAGAUAUAAAAGAACCUAGUUUGAGAAAUUAACUUCAUUUUAUGCAGGUUAUUUAAAACAUAUACAUAUAAAUCUUUAUAAAUGUGUAUGGAAGAUUAUUAGUGCCGCAUGUAAAAAAAAAAAAAAAGGUUAAUCUCAGAAUUCUGACUGUUUUCUUUAAUCUCAGAAUUCUGCAUUUUUCUUUAAUCUCAGAAUUCAUGUUUUAUUAUUAUUUUGUUUUGUUGCUGUUUUAUUAUUUUUUUAUUAUUAUGUGGCACUAAUACUCUUCCGUAAAUAUGUAAUAACAGACAGUAAAAAUGUUAUUUUAUAUGUUAAAUAUCCUGUUAGAGCCACUCACUGACUCACAGGUCUCCAGUCCAUCACACAGAGACACACAAACAAACGACUGUUAUUAAUAAAGUCAUGAGAUGUUACUGAAUCA